CAACAACAACUUCCACCAGUGGUCAGUAGUGCAACAACUUCUUCUUUUUUCGAGAAUAAAAUCUAUGUCAGCAAGAACCCUUGCGUGCUGUGCCAGAUUAUCACAGAAAAAAGUGCUAACGUUAACGGAAUUUGUGAUGCAGAAAUGCGUCACAAAACGUGGCCGAAUUUGUCAUGCAGAGCAUGCAUGCUCGGAAAAAUUUGUCAUGCAUAUUUGCAAUGUAAGAAGGCCGUUAACGUGGUUAGCGCUUUUUUGUUUGAUACAGAUGCGUUUCGUGGCGUCGAAUUGGGCGGCAAAACAUGCUGGGUGGGGAGCUACGGGUUAUCAAGUGUAAAAAUGUCUGGGUCCUCCUCUGGAAGAAUGCCAGACUUGUCAUGCAGAUCGUACAUGACCCCUGAGGUCUGGUAUGUAGGACAGAGCAUGACAGAUUCUCGGAGAGUUCUAUCAUGCCUAUCCUGCAUGAGAAACUGCCUCUCGACUAGGUCAAAAGUGGACAGCUCUUGGUAAUCAUGCAACACAGAUUUUUUACAUGAUUCAGAUUUAGCAUGACAAGUUGCAUUCUACUUCCAGACCCAGACACUUUUACAAUCCAUACCGGUCGUCGUGUUACUACAGGCGGUAGUACCUCCUCCGACGUCGUACUAGGAGGGUACAAGAUCAAGAUCGCGAGCCCGCUCUAUGGAGUGCAUGACUUCGCACAAGGUAGUACUAGCGUGGACUCUUGCGCUACGAAGGAUGGCGAUUUCUUCGAGAUGACAAAGCAAAA